AGGUCAGGCAAGCACAUGUUAGGCUGUUAUAGCUGCCAAAAUGGGGAGCUGAUCCCUUCACCCACCCAAUUUUUAAAGCUGGACUUUCGCCCCAGAACUUGGAGACUGAGGGGUCAUUUCAGGAGGCAUGUGCCUUGAAACAUUUGAAGGCCCUGAGGCUGCUUUCAGUUCCUGGACUACGGGAGUGUACCGCCAUGCUGAGAUUUGCAGCAUGCAUCUACAGAGGCCUCCUGGUGCAAUGGAUGAGCUUCACAGUCUGGAUCCAAGAAGGCAAGAAUUACUGGAAGCGAGAUUUACUGGAGUUGCGACUGGGAGCACUGGGAGUACUGGGAGUUGCAGUGUUGGAGCGAAAGCCUCAACAAAUAAUGAAAGUUCUAAUCACAGUUUUGGAAGCUUAGGAUCUUUAAGUGACAAAGAGUCGGAGACACCAGAGAAGAAACAAUCUGAAUCAUCCAGGGGAAGAAAGAGAAAAGCAGAAAGUCAGAAUGAAAGUAGUCAGGGAAAAAGUAUUGGGGGACGUGGCCACAAGAUUAGCGACUAUUUUGAAUACCAGGGUGGAAAUGGCUCAAGUCCAGUAAGAGGCAUACCUCCUGCAAUCCGUUCUCCGCAAAACUCACACUCACAUUCCACUCCUUCCUCAUCUGUUCGACCGAAUAGCCCUUCUCCUACUGCAUUAGCUUUUGGGGACCACCCUGUUAUACAACCAAAGCAGUUAUCCUUUAAGAUCACUCAGACUGAUCUUACAAUGCUGAAAUUGGCAGCAUUGGAAAGUAAUAAAAAUCAGGACCUGGAAAAGAAGGAAGGUCGGAUAGAUGAUUUGCUCAGGGCCAACUGUGAUCUCAGGCGGCAAAUAGAUGAUCAACAAAAAUUACUUGAAAAAUACAAAGAACGAUUAAAUAAGUGCAUAUCAAUGAGCAAGAAACUUCUUAUUGAAAAGAGUACUCAAGAAAAAUUGUCAAGCAGAGAGAAGAGUAUGCAAGACCGGUUACGCCUUGGGCACUUUACAACAGUUAGACAUGGCGCUUCUUUUACUGAACAGUGGACAGAUGGUUUUGCAUUUCAAAAUCUUGUGAAACAACAAGAAUGGGUGAAUCAACAAAGGGAAGAUAUUGAACGGCAAAGGAAACUUCUAGCUAAACGCAAACCUCCCACAGCUAAUAAUUCUCAGGCACCUGCUACCAAUUCUGAACCAAAACAAAGAAAAAACAAGGCAGUCAAUGGAGCAGAAAAUGAUCCCUUUGUUAGGCCAAAUUUACCACAACUGCUCACUCUGGCAGAAUAUCAUGAACAAGAGGAAAUUUUCAAACUUAGACUAGGACAUCUCAAAAAGGAAGAGGCCGAAAUCCAGGCAGAAUUGGAGCGUUUGGAAAGAGUCAGGAAUCUUCACAUACGAGAGCUCAAGAGAAUAAACAAUGAGGAUAAUUCACAGUUCAAAGAUCAUCCAACGUUAAAUGAAAGAUAUUUAUUACUUCAUCUGCUUGGAAGAGGUGGCUUUAGUGAGGUGUAUAAGGCUUUUGACUUGUAUGAGCAAAGAUACGCUGCUGUGAAGAUCCACCAGCUUAAUAAAAGCUGGAGAGACGAAAAAAAAGAAAACUACCACAAACAUGCCUGCAGAGAGUAUCGAAUACACAAGGAACUGGAUCACCCCAGAAUAGUUAAACUCUAUGAUUACUUCUCCUUGGAUACAGAUACGUUUUGUACAGUGCUGGAGUUCUGUGAAGGCAAUGACUUGGACUUCUACCUAAAGCAGCACAAGUUGAUGUCUGAGAAAGAAGCUCGGUCUAUUGUGAUGCAGAUAGUGAAUGCCCUACGAUAUCUCAAUGAGAUCAAACCUCCUAUUAUACAUUAUGAUCUUAAGCCAGGAAAUAUCCUUUUGGUAGAUGGAACGGCAUGUGGAGAAAUCAAAAUCACUGAUUUUGGUCUGUCUAAGAUUAUGGAUGAUGAUAGCUAUGGUGUAGACGGAAUGGAUCUGACUUCCCAAGGGGCAGGCACUUACUGGUAUUUACCUCCUGAAUGCUUUGUAGUUGGAAAAGAGCCACCAAAGAUUUCCAACAAGGUUGAUGUGUGGUCAGUUGGAGUCAUCUUCUUUCAGUGUCUCUAUGGUAGAAAACCAUUUGGUCACAAUCAAUCUCAACAAGAUAUUCUCCAGGAAAACACAAUACUAAAAGCCACAGAAGUCCAGUUCCCUGUAAAACCAGUUGUAAGCAGUGAAGCCAAGGCCUUCAUAAGACGCUGUUUGGCUUACCGAAAAGAAGAUCGAUUUGACGUGCACCAGCUGGCAAAUGACCCUUACCUUCUGCCACACAUGAGAAGAUCCAAUUCUUCAGGAAACCUACACAUGUCUGGGCUGACAGCACCUCCUGCACCUCCUUCUUCAAGCGUGAUCACUUACUGACCCUCCUCCAGGAUUGGCAUGAUCCAGAUGCAUACUUGAAUUUGAGUGCAUUUGAGUGUUUUGGGUCCCCCCCACACACACACACAGGACAUGGAUAGGAAGUGAUUAUGAACUAAAGCUCUCCAUGGGGUCAUGUGUGAGGGGUGGAUCAUGGACAGUUGACUCAGUGCACACUCCUCACUCUGCCCUGGAGCAGCACGGAACAGGAAUACCAUGUUACAACAGAAGAGGAGGGGACACUGUAAAUAACGUUUAUAAUACCUAAAUAUAUUUGAUUGUUACCAGAGAGUUCUAAUAUGAAGGGUAGUUUUUCAUUAUUUAAGAACACAUGGAAAAAUUAUGAGACAUUGUAACACGGGAGCUACAGUGCCUGGUACAGCGUCAGCACUCGGCAGCUGAUCUGCAGAAACCAAAGCAAGAACUGAAUGCCAGCGGCCGUGGUGUUUUAUAAUAGAAUGUGAGUUAGGGUCUUUGGACAGUUAUAGACUUUGUUGUUUGCCUAUUCUGGCUUUUACCAAGUUGUACCUCGAAUCACAUGUCCGUUUCCCCCACCAGUUGUGUUAAAAGGGAGCUGCCGUUUCUGGGCUCUUUACACCUUUAACACAAAGAGCUGCCUAUUUCCAAUCAGUUGAAGUCACUAAAUUAUAGUAUUCCCAGGGCUUUCAGUGUUUUAGAAUUAACAGGCAUUUUUCUUUUGUUUCCAGGCCUUGUUCAUUAAAACAGGAGACAGUGUGUAACCAAAUGCAGGCCAGUUCUAUGCAGGAUAAUGAUAAAUUCCCUUCUGGCUCUAUUGUAAAUUAUUGUACAGAUGUCGUAUUACAAUUACCGAGUUUCAGCAGCUUAUUCUUGUACAAAUGUUUAAAAAUACGGCUUUUCUAAUUGGAUAUUGUAUUUUUUUUAAGUCUUCUCGAAGGCGCUUUAAUUGCUGCUAAAUGAUAUUGCUUUUUUGCUAAAAAAAAAAAAAUUGAAUGACCUCCUUGAAGGCACAAGUUGACUGUACAUCAUAGAGAGAUAUUAAAAGCAGGCAUUCAUUAACAAUCAAGGCAUGUAAAAUGAUCCAUGUUGGGCAUAUUGAGUUCUUCAAAUCAGUUUUUUAGGUUCUAGGGCUGUGGAACACAUAGAUACUAGAUUUAUAAAUUGUUCAUGGUUAUUCUACAUUUCUAGAACGUUCUUUAGCAUCAAGGUGGGAUGAUGGUCCCAUAGAAUGUUUCUUGUGGUUUGUACAGAUUUGUUAAAAUGUGAACAUUUUCUAACUGCCUGUGUGGUAGAAACCAAUAUUUUUCCGGGAUGCUGUAUUUCAUUCUUGUACGGAUUUUUUUUUUCUUUAUUGUCACAGUCAUAAUGCUGAGACUUACAUGUAAGUUGUCCAUGGUGCAGAAAACAGGCUGUCCUGACCAGACACCCCAACAUGUACAGUUAAACUGUGGCUCUUACCUGAUGUUGCAAGCCAUUAUGUUUUUUUGUUUGUGUUUUUUUUUUCCCAUUGUACAUAGACACAUUGUCUGUUUAAGAUGCUGCUGGAAUUAUAGAGAAUGUAGCCAAACAGUAAUAAACAAUGACAGUUAAAAUGUAAAGACUGUGAAAAUUACAUUCAAAGAGAGCUUUCAAGAUCUAGGGUACUAACUUAGAUUCUUUACUUAAAAAGCAAAUGAAUAAAUUCCUAAGCAUACUCCAGACAGAUAUGAAGUAUUUCAAGCUGUUGAAGUUAAACCUAAUAGCUGUCAUCAAGGCUAAUCCUGGGAGUCCCUCUUGCCAUGCCACCAGGAGCGCUGUCAGGGCAGUACCAACUCCUGUUUAGAUUAGGAUAGAACCCCUGACGAACACUGAGGUGGUCACCACAUGCUGACAAUUAGUGCUUGUUGUUGCUGCCUGUAAAUUCAUGAUCUGAAUGAAAAUGGCUAGUUUUGUUGAACAUUUUAGAGUGGUGAGCUUGGCUAAACUGUACAUAUGGGUCACUGCACCAUAUUUGUGAACAAAUGAGAGCAACUGCAAGUGUGAAGUUCUUAGAGGAUGCUGAGACUGGAAGUGUGAGUUUGAGGCUAGUCCAGGACAUAUCUCACAAACAGAGGCUGGAGAGAAAGGUGGGAAAGAAGCCAUAAAAUGAAAUUGCUUCCUUGUUCAGCUGAAUUGAUCAUUUCAGAAUCAAGAGUGUGCCUGUGGAGUGAGAGGGAAGAUGGAUCACCAAGCCUCAAGACGAGAGAAUGCACGAUGGCACACCAACCACAGUGUGCAUUCACACACACACACACACACACACACACACACACACACACACACACACAAUGAAUGUUUAGAAAAAUUCAAAUAAGAUUGUAUCAGAGGUGAAUCAAUUUACCUAUGUCUUCUAUACCAGUAUUUGGGCUACAUGAACCAGUAUCAGUUUUGCAGGGAACUGGUAGCUUAUUGCUUGAUAAUUCCCAUGUUACUCUGGCAGUUUCAGCUCCUUUGUUUUGAGGCAUUGGUUUUCUUGUCUUCUGGAGUCAGCAUUGACUGCAGGUAAAUGUGCACUUUUCACCCUUGGAAGUAGCUGUACAGGUUGGGGUAGUUCAUUGGUAGAGUGCUGUGCUUAACUCAUGUAGGUUCAAUCCCCAGCAUCCCCCCCAAAAAAAAAAA